AUGAAUAUUGGAGGAAUUUUUUUCUUACUUCUACUUUGCAUUAUCGCACAAACAUAUACUCAAACGACUGUUAAUUAUUAUGAACAAACGCGACUUACUCAUUUAACAUUAAUUCAAUUUUAUCGUUGGUUUCAAGUUUAUGAACGGCCAUAUACGGUGGAACGUAUUAAUAAUUCACUUGAUAUUUUGGAAGACAAUGUUACAAUUGAAUCAAGCAAUGGGGUUAUGAAUGGGAAAGAUAAUUAUCCAAAUCGUUUACUAACAUACAGAGGAUGGCAUAAUGCUCAUCAUAUAGAAAUUCUAAAAGAUAUUGAAAUAUUACCUAAUUCAAAGAUCAAAUUAGAAGCUGAUGUGUUGUAUCAAAAUAUAUUACCCACAGGAAUUGGAAAUAGUUAUGUCAAUCAUUACAUUAUGACGCUAGAUUUACGUCCGAACGAUCUUCCAUUAUUAUCUUACGUUAAAAUAACUCCAAUCAGAGAAGUUGAACCAAUUAUAUUUAAGAAUGCUUAUCCAACGAAUCGCGUCAAAUCGUUUAUGCAUAAUUGGUUAUACAAUAUUGAACGAGCACGAGAUCCAAAUGAUUUUUUAGAAUUGCUUGCAAAUAAUUUUGAACUACAUCUAACCAGUAAUCAAUCAGUGGUUGAUACAUGGAUUAAAUUUGAAGAAUGGAUACAAAGUAUUCCUGUACGAAUAAAAUUGAGUAGUCAUCAUUACAAGGACUUUACUGUGAAAGAAUAUGAUAAUGGGACACUGUUUAACGUCACAGUAAAAUUUGAUUGGCAAGGAGUAACGACAGAUACUGAACAAACAAUGAUCGCAGAAACUUCUCAUCAAUGGAUACUUGAAAAUAAUUUAGAUGAACGUUUUGCACGAUUGAAAUAUAUGAAAGUUGAAGAAAUUAGACCCUUUCAAUUACUUACCAAUGAUGCAUCAAUUAAUCUAAGACUAUGGAGUAUCAUCUUAUUGAAUUUACUUUUAACUCAAUUUCUGUGA